AUGUCUAGAAAUUUGCCUUUAUUAGCUAGUGCCGAGGUUGUUAAGCAUAAUACACAGAAUGAUUGCUGGGUUACCUUAUACAACAGAAAAGUUUACAACGUUAGUGGAUUUAUUGAUCAGCACCCGGGUGGAGGAGAUAUAAUCUUACCAUACGCCGGAAAAGAUGUUACAGCAAUUAUGGCGGACACUAUUUCCCAUGAACAUUCAGAAAGUGCAUACGAGAUGUUGGAUGAUGAAAUGUUGGUUGGAUACUUAGCCACCGACGAAGAAGAAAGAGAAUUGUUAAAUAAUAAGAACAAUACACCAGUGGAAGUUAGAUUAGAAGAUUCCAGUUCUGUUGAUCUUUAUGAGUUCCACGAUAGUUUGCCACCUGCGGAAAAGUUAGCGAUUCAAACCGAUUAUGAAGAAGAUAUUAAAAAGCAUAAGUUUUUAGACUUGAACAAACCAUUGAUUCCCCAGAUGUUGUGCAGUACCUUUUCGAAGGAGUUUUAUCUUGACCAGGUGCACAGACCUAGACAUUAUGGGAAAGGGUCAGCGCCGUUAUUCGGCAAUUUCUUAGAACCUCUUUCGUUGACACCAUGGUGGGUAGUACCAGCGGUUUGGUUACCACCUAACUUCUACAUUUUCUACGUUGGUUUUGUCAAUCAAGACAAAUUGGUUGCGUUGAGUUUCUGGGUUAUGGGAUUGUUUGUUUGGACAUUGGUUGAAUAUUGUAUGCACAGGUUUUUGUUCCAUUUGGAUGGGUAUUUACCUGAGCAUCCCGUUGCACUUACACUCCAUUUCCUUUUGCAUGGUGUCCAUCAUUAUUUGCCAAUGGAUGGAUAUAGAUUAGUGUUGCCACCAACUUUAUUUGUCCUUUUAGCAUACCCGUUCUACAAAUUAGUAUUCGCUAUAUUCCCAUUCUACAUGGCAUGUUCUGGUUUUGCUGGUGGAACUUUAGGAUACAUUUUAUAUGAUGUUAUUCAUUACGUUAUUCACCAUACCAAAUUACCUCAAUUCUUGCAAGAUAUCAAAACUUACCACUUGGAACACCAUUACAAAAACUAUGAAAUGGGUUUCGGUGUUACAAGUAGAUUCUGGGAUGUCAUUUUCGAAACCGAAAUCACUAGUACCUUUCAGAAGAGAAACUAA